UAAAGGGGGAGAGAGAGGGAGGGCAGGGGAAGAGAAAGGAGCGCUUAGAGGGGCGUCUCACGCGAGGGAAACUCGGGUCAAACAACGGCCCACCCUUUCCUCAUCGCGCGGUCCCCAAAAGAGGAGGAGAAGAGAACACAACCAACCCCUCCUCUCUUCCCCAAAUCCUCCACCAGGGAGAGAAAAGGAGAGCCAAAGAGAGAUCGAGAUGGAGGCGGCGAUGGAUCUGAUGCGGAGGAUCUCGCCGAACCAGAGCGAGACGGCGUUGUCGGCCCUGCUGUCCCUCCUCCCCCACCACUCCGCCGACCUCCUCUCCCAAGUCGACCAGCCCCUCCAGGUUUGUAUGGAUACUGAGUCGAUGAAGGAGUUCAUACUGUGUGAAUACAACAGGGACGCUGAUUCGUAUAGAUCGCCUUGGUCAAACAAAUAUCACCCACCUUUGGAAGAUGGGCCACUACCAUCAGAUGAACUGAGGAAACUUGAAAUUGAAGCAAAUGAGAUUUUUGCUGUUUAUCGUGACCAGUAUUAUGAAGGGGGUGUCUCAUCGGUGUACAUGUGGGAAGAUGACAAUCAGGGACUUGUGGCAUGUUUCUUAAUAAAGAAAGAUGGAUCAAAAAAAGGGCAUGGGAGAAGGGGACAUUUGCAGGAGGGUUCAUGGGAUGCUAUUCAUGUUAUUGAGGUUGGGCCAGUGGAAGAGGGGAAUGCUCACUACUGCUUAACCAGUACCGUCAUGCUAUCAUUGACCACAGAACACAAGCCAUUGGGAACUUUCAAUCUGUCAGGAUCAAUCAGAAGACAGAUGAGUUUAGACCUUUCAGUGGCAGAGGGCCACUUGUGUAACAUGGGAAAGAUGAUAGAAGAAAUGGAGGGGAAGCUCAGGAACUCACUGGAUCAGGUCUAUUUUGGGAAGACAAGGGAGAUGGUCUGCACACUGAGGCCACCACCUGAGGGCAUCCAACUGAGAUUGCCUGAAAGUUGACCCAUAAAGUGAAAGGUGCAACAAUCAUUUGCAUCCAACUAAUCAGUAUUUUGGUGCUGAAGAAAAUUUGGAUACUUGGAGGGACAGUCAUUGCCUUGGGAAAUUUUAUGUUGCAGCCUUGAUGAUUUUAAAACUACACUUCUAGCUUGUCUUGCGAAAAUAUCAGUACUUCAGUAUAGUGAGUUUAUAUUAGACAGUUAAAAGGUGAGUUUUUGGAAAUUUUGGUGCUGGAAGUCUAUAGAACACUACAAUGUACUUGAUUAGAAGUAACAACAUUUACCAUUGCAAACUUUUUCUGAA